AAACUUCCAUCUCAUUACUUCUCUUACUCCAUCUUCCAUCUCUCUCUUGUUUCUCUCUCUACAAUGCAAGCUAAUCAAGAUUAUCAUAGUUCAAUCAUGGCGGAUUCAAGAAACAUGAUCAUCAAAGGAAAAAGAACCAAGCGUCCAAGACCCUCUUCACCUCUUUCUCUAACCAUGGCCUCCACCUCUUCCACCACCACCUCCGCCACCACCGAUGGUGAUACCGAAAACCCUAAUAACGCGUUCCACACGACGAACGCUUCCAUCGAGUUCACAAAAAUUGUUCAAGAAAACGAGGAAGAAGAAGACAUGGCUAACUGCCUGAUUCUUCUGGCUCAGAGCCAGAGCCAGGGCCAUUCUGGCUCUUUCCCGCCACUACCACCGCCCGCUGUUGGGGCGGUGGAAGUGGCGAGGACUUCAGAGUUUUAUGUUUACGAAUGUAAAACAUGUAACCGAGGGUUUUCGUCGUUUCAAGCCCUUGGUGGACAUAGGGCUAGUCACAAGAAACCCUCUAACCCUAAUAUGGUGAAACAAGAUAUGCAUGUUUAUCAUGGUUCUACCGAGCUAUCUCUUCAAAUUUGUUCGAGCGUGGGUCAGUGUAACCCUAGUGGCUCGAUGAAAGUAACCAAGAUUCAUAUAUGUUCUAUAUGUAGUGCGGAGUUUGGUUCUGGCCAGGCACUAGGUGGUCAUAUGAGGCGACAUAGGUCCAUGCCCGUGGCUAGAACCGAUUGUGGUGAUUCGAGCGGGUGUCAAGAGUCCAAGAAACCGAAAACCCUAUUAUCGUUGGACUUGAAUCUUCCGGCUCCAGUUGAUGAUGAUCUCAGGGAAACGAAAGUUCGAUUUCGACCCGAAGAACAAAUGAUCGUGUUCUCGAAUUCUUCUCUUGUUCAUUGCCAUAUCUAAAUCUAAACAUGUUACAUAUGAUUCUUUUUUUUCUUAUGAUUAAUAGAUAGUUUGUUGUAUGUAAAGGUGAUUCUUUAAAAUUCUUUUAGUUUAAUUUGUUAACAGAAUUAAUAUGAUGAAUAUUGGAAGCUGAAUUCUUUGAA